AUGCAAGAUGAACAGGCCCCCAGAGUCUCGCGGGAUCUCGCUGUUCUCAGAAGCUCAGGGAAUUACACAACACGCGGCAGUUCCCGCGAGGAUACAAAGGGAGGCCGCGGCAGCUGGCAGGCGCCGCGAGAGCGUCAGGUGACCUCACGGCUCCGCCCACGCCUUCCCCGCGCCCGCCUCUCGCAUGCGCAGGCGGCGUCUGCGAGGUGGCGGGGAGCGCGGGCGGCUGGCGCGAUGGGGCUGAGCCGCGUGCGGGCGGUUUUCUUUGACCUGGACAACACGCUCAUCGACACGGCCGGGGCGAGCAGGAGAGGCAUGUUGGAGGUGAUAAAGCUCUUACAGUCAAAAUACCAUUAUAAAGAAGAGGCUGAAGUCAUCUGUGAUAAAGUUCAAGUUAAACUCAGCAAGGAAUGUUUUCAUCCUUACAAUACAUGCAUUACUGACCUAAGGACUGCACACUGGGAAGAAGCAAUCCAGGAAACAAAAGGUGGUGCAGCCAAUAGGGAAUUGGCUGAAGAAUGUUAUUUCCUGUGGAAAUCUACACGUUUACAGCAUAUGACACUAGCAGAAGACAUCAAAGCCAUGCUCACUGAACUUCGAAAGGAGGUCCGCCUACUUUUAUUAACGAAUGGGGACAGACAGACCCAGAGGGAGAAGAUUGAAGCUUGUGCCUGUCAGUCCUAUUUUGAUGCCGUUGUCAUAGGUGGAGAGCAGAGAGAGGAGAAGCCAGCACCGUCCAUAUUUUAUUACUGCUGCAAUCUCCUCGGGGUACAGCCUGGGGACUGUGUGAUGGUCGGUGACACAUUAGAAACCGACAUACAAGGAGGCCUCAAUGCAGGGCUGAAAGCAACAGUCUGGAUCAAUAAAAAUGGAAUUGUGCCGCUGAAGUCCUCCCCUGUUCCACAUUAUAUAGUUUCUUCUGUGCUAGAGUUACCUGCUCUCUUAGAAAAUAUAGACCGCAAAGUCAGUAUUUCUACUUAAAGCGCAUAAAAGGGCCUGAUUAUGAAUGUUAGCAUCAACUUGCAGAGUUUGAACUAAGCAAAGUUAGGGCAUUCCACUUACUAUGGUCCAGUUCUAAGAAUAAUUUUAUUUAUGAUUUAGUAGCCAGUAUUCUGAAGGUCCUCCCAACCUAUGGCUUUUAAGUUUUGACAACCAACCAUUGACUGGUAUUUAAAUCUGAAAAUUCAGAUUGCAUUAAUACAAAUCAAUAAUGUAGCCCAGAAAACUUGAAGAAAUGUAUUAUUUGUUAGUCUGUGACUAGAGAUUUUUAAAAACUAUUUCAUUGAUCUUUUAGUAUCUUAGCUUCAUGAUACCAAGCAGGAUAGUUUACAUGUGGAUGCACAAAUGUAAGUUUUACGUUCUGGCUGGAAAACAUAUUUUUUUAAAAUAGAUAUUCUAAAGCAUAAUAGAGAUUUAUUAGAACAAUUGGAUCUCGUUAGUAUGAAAUAGGUACUAAGUCACAUGCAAAUCAAGGCAUUUCGUAGUGAAAAUAUUUUGCAUGUUUUGAUUUUUCAAACCAUAUUUUUAUCUACUUUGGAUGUAUACUUUUCUAUUAGGAAUCUGAUUUUUCUGCAUAGCCUUUUUGGGGGGGGAUCUGGGGCAAUUUUUCUGUGGUGUAUAUAUGACAAAUGGUCCUCCAGUUAAAAAAAACUGUUAAAAUCAACAUGUGGUGCUCCUUUACCAUGGCAUUUUCACCCUUUCCAUGGUGAGCUUGUAGCUUCCUUGUAGUCUUUACCUCUUGUGGAAAUAUUUUGACUGUCUUCUCCCAGACACAAAAUGGGGUUGAGGGAACUACCCUGUCUUGCUGGGGAUAACUACAAGCCACAUGGCACCAAAAGUCGUUUUCCUCCUGUGGGACCCAUAAGAGGACAGUUGCCUCCGUGUGGCCAACCCGUGUAGCCCCCUAUCUGUUUUCUGCUGAUUCAGUAGUUUCACCUGUGUGAUGAGCCUAAUAGAAAAUUAGGUUUUGCUAUGAGCCAUUACCAGGGUGCCAUUUUGGUACUUGAGUGACUUUUCUUGGAGUCACUAUCUGCCUUACGUCUCCUGUUUUUCACAUUUUUUGCCAAUUUGUAUAUCAAAUUCAGGGUUCACUUGGAGCUUAAUAAUGGCUCCAUAGCAAGGUAUCAUCUUGCAACCAGAAAAUUUUCCCUAGACCAUUAGGCUACAUAGUCUCAUGAUUAUACUAACCAACCUUGAAGUAAAGUCAUUAAGGGAUAAAAGUGGUUAUUAAAGUGGCAAAUAAAGGAAGUGUGAUUUGGGUUUUUUGGUAGGUUUUUUUUAAAAAAAAACUUGUAUAAGAAACUACUAAUGUAAAAUGUCAGACUAUGUUGAGUAUGUAUAGCUAUGUCUUCAAGAUUUAUACUUGGAAUCAAAUUCUAGAUUGUACCUUCUAUGAACCUAUUUCUUUAGCCAGUUGUUUGCUGUCUACUACUAAGAAACAGGAGUCUGUGCCUUGUGCAAAUGCCCUUUUGUGUUUACUGCUUAGUUUUGGUUUUUAAAAAUGUGAUUGUGCCCUUGACUGUCCCAGGGUGCUCUUGUUAUAAAACUGAAUAUUGGUGGACAGGGUAUGUUCGUAGUUCCAGGUAUGUCCCCAUAUGUAUACCUUGAUUAUAUUUUAGCUAUUUAAAAAUUAAGUUGGAGGAUUUUGCCAAAAGUAAUUGUGUGUGAUUUCUCUAGUAGGUUGAUUGGCGUGUGAUGCUAAGGGUUUGUUCUUUUAGCUAUCCCACAGGAUGGGUGUAGGCAGCGUCACAUUCAUUAUGCUAACUGGUAAAGGUUUGCUGCUCCUACAUCAUGGUGGCAAAUCUCAACAAGACAGUUCCCAGGAUGUGAAGUGAGCAGUUCUUCAGCAAAAAUGAUCUAGGAGGAAAAAAUGGAAUCAUUGAAUUUUCUUGUCUUCACAGUUUGUAUUCUAUAUAGUACAGUAAUGCAAUAUUACAUUCCAUUUGCACCCUUCCUUAGGGAAGAACUUUGUGGUUUUCUACCUUCUGAGUGGAAUGUUACAGAAGAUAUUUUAAAAUAUUGGAAUAAACCUAUGAUAUUAGUAAUAA